GGAUUCGGGGCCUAGUCACAUCGCAUAGCGCGCGAGAAGAGCCAUUAGCGGCGCCAAACGUUCUUGGCGCCAAUUCAUCCAUGCAUUUUUUAUCAUUUUCAUUUGCACAUGUGUAUAACUUAGCUUAGUCAUUGUGAGCUUAGAUUUCCUUAUAAUUAUUAUGUGUAAGUGUCACUAUCACUGUCCAUUCCUUUCCAACUAACAGAUUUCAACAUGGCCAUCACUGCCGAUGAAGUAAAGAGCACACUGUCACUUAUUGAGGACACUAGGCUGCCACAUCCAUCAGGCCCGUUGUUGAAGUCGUAUGUCCAAGAGGCUCUCAACCCCUUGUUAGCCGCACGUUACGUGAAGAAUAGGCUCGAAUUCGGCGAGGGUUCUUCGCUGGUGGCCGAUUGGUAUUAUAUCAUCGAGUCCAUUACCCAAAAUGGCUGUCCUCCACCACAACCUGAUACCACUGAACAGCAGGAUAUCAUUAAACGAGAUGGGGGGAAGUGUUGUGUGACCGGGAAGGCUGGCACGCUCUAUGAUCCAUUGAUCGUCGCACCCAUUCUUCCAGUUCCAUAUGGUUGGAAUGCAGAGAAGAGGCCUAGCGUCCAAGACAUGCUCGGUGCGUUCUUUGGGCCGCCUUACUGGGCUUGGUGGUUAUCUUAUGUUAAAAGUCCCAGAGAUGUGACAACGCCUUAUCACAAUCACUGGCUAAUCCGGAUGUCUGCGGCUAGAGCCUUUGCUUCGGGGCUUAUUAGGCUAAACAGGUCUCACUCUUCUCUAAUCGAGUAUGAGUUAAAACAUGUCGAAGUCGGGCUCGAGGAACCAAUCGAGGUUGACGGCAUGUAUCCGUUGUUAGGUGACCACUCACGGUCACACAUCGUCAAUGUUGACCCCCGUUUCGUCGGCUCCCACGCUCGACUGUGCGAAAGCAUUCAACUUGUCAACAUUUCUAAAAAGCUAUCCCAUAAGAAGCAAUCUUCGACUUCAUUUAUUGGUCUUCGACGGCAAAAUUCUUUGGGGUUUUCGAACCUCUGGAAGGGUGCUUUCUUCACAGUUUGGCGUUGGCUCCCAUCUAAAUUUAGGAUGAUAUGUUACGAAAUGUUGCAAAGGAUUGGGGAACGAUUAUACGGAAUGCCUUGGUAUGAUGGCACCGAUACAGUCCAGAGACUGCCGUUUGGGCUGUACUUGAAGCAUUACAGAGGAUCAGCCGACCUCGCUCGCAAUGAGUUCAACGCACUAAGAAUGGUUCACCGGCAUACUGCCAUCCCAGUUCCGGAAGCGCUUGACGUUGUUUUCGAGCAAGAAUAUUCGAAUAACCCAUUGUCUUUCUCCGGUCCUACGGCUUAUCUUCUCAUGACGAGAGUCCCUGGGUUUCCGCUAUGGCGCUGUCAAAAUGUUCUGUCCGAAAGUGACCUGGAACGAAUUGCAAAUCAGCUCAAGAAUUACAUAGCUCAGCUGAGAAACAUUCCCCGGUGCCCAAAAUCAGACUUUCCCAUAUGCAACACGCUUGGCGAAGCAUGCAGGGAUUACCGCAUCCGUCACGCAGACCCUGUUGGACCCUUUGCGGACGAGGCAGAAUUUAGUCAGGUACUACGAUAUUCAGAUGAUCCCGCUCGUCGGGGACACAAUAUUUUCUUCACACACGCGGAUCUCAAUGCGCGAAAUAUAUUAGCUGAUAAGACUGUACAUUCGGACGGAACUGUGACCUGGAACGUGUCGGCUAUUGUGGAUUGGGAGACUGCAGGAUACUAUCCCGAGUAUUGGGAAUAUACAAAAGCGAUGCAGGAGGGAUUUAGAUGGUCGCGACGACAUAAUGACAUGAUACACAAAGUAUUUAGUGAAUUUGGGGACUAUUCUAAGGAGAUGAAUGUUGAAUUGGAGGCCUGGGCAAGUAAAGAUGCGAUCUAGGUUGCUGAAGAAUUGCUGUAUGCAUAAGUUGUAUAAGUUGUAUACACUGGAACGUUUAGUAUAUCUAUGCGCUGUAGGGUGUUGAAAUAGUUCAGGUUUAUACCCCGCACCCACCAUAUCAUCAGUUACAGCCUCAGUG